GUAGGGUCAAGAUUCCUUUUGGUUCACCAUAUAUCGUGCCCCUUUCUUGCCUUCUGAAACCUAAGGGCAGGUUUGCAGAGUUGGACAAUAUUCUGAGCCACCCGGGCUGUUGUUAUCCUUGCGACAGUUUCUGGUACAUCCCAAUCCAACAGCCUCCAAGAUGCCUCAACAGGCGACCACCUGGGAACAGUACGAGCGGGCUGAUUCGCCUGGGCGAAACGAUAGCUUGUCCUCAACACCGCGGGGAAGUGUACACUUUGAAGAGCGAUCAAGUCUUAUGGGUCAUAGUGAAGGCCGUGGGAGCGGAACGGGUCAAGACUGGACCUCCCGCCUUCGUCGCAGAUCCUCCGUCCAGAACAGGCUGUCUGCCAUUGCCGGAAUCGGUGGAGUGAACAGUAUCCGACAUUUCUCACAAAGCUGGCAACGUGCCACUGCUUUCCCCGAAAUCAUACCACAACAACCUGUCUUUGCCUACGCCCCCGAUCAGGAGCCUGUUCAUACGAUCGAGCCGAUUACCUACGGCCGCAGCGAUGUCGAAACUGGAGCUCGCACAUCUCUACUAGGGGGGCAGCUCGAGGUACCCGAAAAUGCAGUGGUAGACGAAGGAGGCGACUCAGGGCUAGCAGGCGGACCCCAUCGCCAGAUUUCACACGAUGACGGACGGAAGCUCUUUGGCAAUGGCCUCCACAGGGUGAUCUCCCCAUCCGGCUCCUUGAGAAGCAAUUCCAUCUUUGAAGUCCCGCCCCAUUUGUCCGGGAUGCCAUUGGUUGGCAGCUACUCCUCGCAGAGGACAUAUGGUACCAUAUCAUCUGAAGUCAGUCGUCCAUCCAUGGCGCAAGCUGCGGAGCUCUGGCGGCAGCAACAAGAGUCUGGAAUUGAUCUGCCUGAUGGUGCGCGUCCGCCGAUUAUCGUAAAGGAGGUAGAGCAAGAAGAUGGAAAGAUUGUUCUGGCUGUGGCUGGGCAGUCAACCCUACCGCAGACUGUGGUCAACUCGACCAAUGUUCUGAUCGGUGUUGGUCUUCUCAGUCUGCCAAUCGGUAUCAAAUACGCCGGGUGGCUCUGUGGUAUGGUCACGCUGUUCCUCGGUGCUGCUGUCACAAGUUGGACCGCUAGGUUACUUGCCAAGUGUAUGGACCUAGACCCGACCGUGAUCACUUUCUCUGAUGUUGCUUUCAUCUCCUUUGGGCACCGCGCUCGAGUAAUUACGAGUAUUCUAUUCACUUUGGAGUUACUGGCAGCCUGUGUGGCACUUAUCGUGCUGUUUUCUGAUUCGCUGAUUUUACUAUUUCCUGGAACUUUGAAUUUGAACCAGUGGAAGGUUGUCUGUACUUUAUUAUUGAUACCCCUUCAAUUUGCCCCGCUCAAGAUUCUGAGCUUUACCAGCUUUAUUGGUAUCCUUUCCGUUAUGAGCAUUGCCUUGCUCGUUAUUGUCGACGGUCUUGUGAAGCCUCACACCCCGGGAUCUCUCAUUGAGCCAGCUGUCACAUACCUUUUCCCGGAGAACUGGCUAACUCUACCAUUAUCGUUCGGCUUGCUUAUGUCCCCAUGGGGUGGCCAUAGUGUUUUCCCGAAUAUCUACCGAGAUAUGAGACACCCGCACCGAUACGGCGAGGCCGUAACUAUCACUUUCAGCUUUACUGUAAGUGUAUACCACGUACGAAAUUUGGACACGCUGACCGUUGACCAGUACUUCAUCGAUGCCACCGUUGCCAUUGUUGGAUACGUGAUGUUUGGUGACGGAGUCCGAGAUUCGGUAACGAACAACCUACUUCGAACAACGGGGUAUCCUGCUAUCCUCAACGUUCUUCUUGUCAUAUUCAUCGCCAUCAUCCCGUUGACCAAGAUCCCGCUGAACGCACAGCCGAUUAUCAGCACAAUGGAGGUCCUUGCUGGCCUGCGCCAGCAAGUGGUUUCGGAUUCAGACACUCUCGUCGGGCGGUCCAGCGUGUUCAGAGGCUUCAUGAAGAUUGCUAUCCGGAUUUUGACUCUGCUGGCGUUCCUCAUCAUUGCGAUUCUAUUCCCUGCAUUUGACUCAAUCAUGGCUUUCAUGGGCAGCGCUCUGUGUUUUACCAUUUGUAUUACACUACCACUGGCCUUCUACCUCAAGCUUUUCGGUCAUGAGAUUGUUCCAAGGGAGCGCAUUCUCGUGUGGACUGUUAUGACCAUAUCGUUCCUCCUUUCAGUGGUUGGAACGGUCUGGGCUUUCUUGCCCAAGAGUCUGAUCGGUGCAGAGAAGAAAUAUUAGCCUGAACCUGGUCUUGAGCGUCGACAAUGCCAUCAGUACUUUGGUUAUGGGAUCGUAAUGACAUGGUUGAACGAACAUUCGAAGCAUUUACAGCAUUUACAAACUCACGGGCAUUUAUGUAUUGGCGGUUCAUCGCGAUACUUCAUUUUCGGAAAUUUGGCAAAUAGCAAGAUUGAUGAUUUCUUUUUGAUUUUAAUACGAUGCUAGGAUAGAAUAUACCUCACGCCAAGGACUCAAACCCAUCAAUUUGGAUAGAUGAAAAUUCCAUUAACAAUACCAUUUUGUCCGAUAUUAC